AUGCCAAACCGCGAAUUUGCUUGCGUCAAAAUUCCAGUGGAGAUCUGGAGAGAAGUAUUCCUGUACUAUAUGAGUCCGCCUUUGCUACAACAGCCGAGCAUGCAGGACUACAGGGCGUUCCCUCCAGACAGCGAUUUCAAGCUCCUGUACAAGUUCCGACUCAGGGAGCGCAAGAGGACUGUACUCAAGCUCGUAUCGCGUUCAUGGAAAUUGAUCGCGGACGAAGUGAGCGACCGGAUCGUUUUCGUUCAUCCAUCGAGACUCCACGUCCCGCCACAAUAUCCUAUCGCACAAGCGGAUCAAAUCAUUAUAUCCCCUUGUACGCCUCUCGAUUACAACUCCCUCCCGGGCACGAUCGACCGUGGCACUGUCAAGGACCACAAGUUCUGGGCGAGCCUUCCUCUCAAACUCGGUGAAGAGGUGCCCCUGACACAAAUCAUUCGAGUUAAUUGCUGCAACAUCGUCGUUCCGGACAACCCGAUGAACCCCCGCCCACCGCAAGACAUUGUUCGUGUCCUAUACUGGGCGCCGUUCUCGGAUUCUCCCAAUGCACUUACACACAAGACUUUUAAGUCUCUGGUGUCAUUGCAUAUUGCCCCCGGGGCAGGCAGCAGCUCCAGCAGCUCCCUGGAGGUUUCGCCGCUUUACUUACCAAAGCUGCGUUUCUUCCACAUAUUUGCAACCCGGUACAGUGUAGAUUACCUCUCCCAAUGGCACUUUCCUAUACUCGCGCAGCUCUGCCUAUUUUGCGAAGAAGGUUCAAGCGCCAGCAUAGGCAAGUUUCUCAAUCGGCACGCUGAAACAAUAGAAACGCUGAGAGUCUUCCACAAGGAAGAUCCAGCGGUUUUGUCGUCUUGCUCUAAUGGUCUUCCUCGCUUGAAGACGUUUGUGGUUGAAACCUUUGAGGAGUUUCACACUGUUUCGUCCCUGCUAAACAAUGUCCUACGUGGGAGUACAACCGGCUCGAUGUCAGUCUGUGAUGAUUACAUCAUCGUCCAGCUACUCAUCCCCUCUGAUAUCUGGGAUGUCGAAAGGCUCAUCGAGUCAUUACCACGGCAAGCACAGGAGAUGAAGAAAAAGAUUCGGUUUGAAAUGUGCGAUACAUGGGGGGAUAUGCUCAAGGAGCUACCAAACUGGGAAUAUCGGGAGGAAAUGCACAACCUAGUCCAGGUUAGUAAGUCUAUUCCGGACAAUGUCUUUGAUAGCGAGGGAGCAUCAUGGCACUCAAAUGCGGCACGUGCGUUUGAGAUUGCAGUUGUGCAUCAACAUGACAAGUGUUUCCCAAAACGGGGAUGA